AUGAUUAUUUACGUCAACAGACCGCCUGUAGGACCACCUAUAGGCACAGCGACCAUUUUUUACCGAGAAAUAAGGCCACCACCGAUAACAGGGGAAGAAAGUAGAGCGGAGCUUAGAGCUGGUGCAAGACUGGCUUAUCGAGUAACGCGCGAAUUCUAUGAGACCAAUCCGGAGAUAAACCGAGGGGCAUGGAAUCACUAUGCCAUGAGGUGCAUGGCAAAAGGAAUGGGGAUGGCCAUGCGAGAAGCCUACGAAAAUUCUAAUAGGCGGCAGAAUUAA